AAACAAAUAUGUCAAAUAAUAUUGAUCCGAGAUUCUACAAUUUUGCGGGAUCAUCGCAAUCCAAUGACAAUCAAUAUCAAAUGUAUGGACAACAGAAUUUCCAUCAACACCAACACCAAAUGCCAUCUCAACAGCAACAAUUUGGGCAGCAGCAGCAAUUCCAGCAAUUGCAGCAGUUCGUGAGGCAGUUCCAAAUGCAAAAUCAAUUUCAGAAUCAGCAAAACUAUCAGCAAAAUCAGUCAUUUUCUCAAGCACCACAAAUUGUCCCUCCUCCGAAUCCGCCGAAUCUCUCCUUUGACCAGCAAAGCCAUUGGACACAAAAUCAGCAUCAGCUGAAUCAGGAAGAGCGAAGUUGGCAACAGAAUCAAAGCACUGAAGAGCCGGAAGAGCAUCCGCAUGACGAACAUCGGGAACAGACGGAGAAAAGAUCAAACACACAAAAGCACAUCAAGUCAAAGAUUCACUGUCAUAUUGGCUGGCGUGAAAUUCAGCUGCUCAUCAGGGAAUUUAAUCCAACGAAAAAUCGCGAUUUGAGCGCCAACGAGUGGACGAAUGAGAUCGAGAGAUUGGGCAAAAUUCAUAAGUGGGAUGAUCUGCAAAUGAUGUUGUACGGAACAAUGAUGCUGAAGGGCAUUGCGAAGACAUGGUAUCAGUACUCACUGGAGAUGAUAUCGAAUUGGGAGGACUUCAAGCGUGAAUUGGUGAAGAAUUUCCCAAAAACUGCCGAUGCGACUGACAUUAAUUCAGCACUGAGAGCAAAGAAGCGUCGAACUGAUGAGACGCUUGAGGAGUAUUUUCACUCAACUGUGAAAUUGGCAAAGAAGAUUAAGCUAAAUGACAGUGCCAUCAAAGAUUAUCUCAUUAGAGGUCUGCAGAAUGCUAAGCAUGAAAUAAUACUGUCUUCAAUUGGAUCUUGCUCACUCACUGGAUUCCUUCAGCACAUGCUGCGCCUUGAGAAAGAUUCAGGCCAACAGUCUACUUAUCAUUCGUCGAGUUCCAACUACAAACAAGAUCGAUCACCUGAGAGAUCAACGGGGAGAAAGAGACCUUAUUCACCCUCGUACUCUCCCGGUAAGAAAGAUAAAGCGGCUAAGCCGGAUAGGAUAAGAAAGUGCUUUCUGUGUUUGUCCGAAACGCAUUUGGUGCAAAGUUGUCCAGAAAAUAUCUACAAAUCCAGCGUGAACACGAAAUCUGACCAAAAAGGUGAUUCAACGGCGAAGAAUUGCUUUAUCUGCGGAGAAAUUGGCCAUUUGGCCAAAGAAUGCCCAAAAUGUCCAUUGCCAACCGCAGAUUCACGAGUUCUGCAGCACGAAAAUGUCAACAGACGGAUAAAUUUGGGCGAUGAUUUUGAUUUGGAGAUUGAUGAUGAAAUUGGAGAUCAGAUUGAUGAAGUGUUGGAUCUCGCUCAAAUGUAGGCAGAAAAAUGUAUUUAAAAAUGAAAUUAAUAAAAAUUCUUGUAAUAAAGUGUAUUUAUACC